GGGAAAUUGCUGCUGCUGCUGCGCCAGAGCUGGUGGCGAGUGCAGAAAUAGCCACAUACGUCACCGCUGCGACCCCUCGCUCCGCAGCGACGUCGCAGAACCGCGCCAAAGAAGCGCCAGCCACACCUGGUCUCCCAGCACCACGCUGUCGCCGCGCGGUACGAGCAACGAUGCAGUACGGCGGCGGCGCGGGCUACAAUGAAUACGGUCAAAAUACGAGCCGCGUCGGCGACCAUGAUAUGAGAGUUGUGGACCGGGCGCAGCACGGCGACGGCGUCGAUUAUACCUACCAGGCGCGACACUAUAGUGGAGGCGGCACGUACAGUCAACCGGCGGGCCCGGCCAUGCCCCCGAUGCCGCCGCCGGCGCCGGCGCCUCCGGUGCCGCCGCAGUACCAGGCCCCACAGGCCCCACAAGCACCGCACGACCCCCACGCCGUCGGCGAUUGGCAGUGCACCUACUGCGACAACGUCAACUGGGCCAAAAGGACGCAGUGCCACAAGUGCCAGCGGCCGCGGCCUGCGGUGAUGCCGACGAUCCCCAUGGGCGGCCGCGGCUCGGGACGUUUAGGCCAGAAUCCCGUCUCAGCAGCAUCGUCUACUUAUUUAGAUCCGAGGCACGAAGGUUUAGCUCGUAGAACGUCGGAGAUCGACUGGAGGUGUCCGACCUGUGAUUUCAUCAACUUGAGUGGAAGAUUGACCUGCAACCAAUGUAGGGUCGCGAUCCCGGGCGACGGCUACGCGGCGAUGCACGGCGGGUCGCUGGCGGGCUACGAGCGACUACGACCGCCGGUUGGUGCUGGGAUUGUCUGUCGCGAUAGUGCGUUCGACUGGAGAUGUCCCCAGUGCCGGCAGCAGAACUGCGCCGGGAGGUGGUUUUGUGAAUGGUGCGACGCCAAGUGCCCGCCCAUCGGCUACGUCGAGCUGCUUUCACCUAGACAAUUAGCACCGCCGCCCGUGCGCGUGAUUGAUUACGCGGAACCGCCGGCCGCGAUGGCGCCAGUACCAGCCAAGGAAGAAACGCCCUUACCAGAACUCUUCCGGAAGACGGGCACGUGGCAGGAGACGCUGGAGUUAGUACAAACAAAGGGCUGCCCCGACGCCGACGCGUGUGCGUCUCUAUUUGCGAGAUUGGGGAGGACAAGGCCCGACUCGCGAGCUUUAGUACGAGGCGACGCACGAUUCGCCCGGGCACUGGACGCGUUGACGACGCAGGCGUCGUCACUGAGUUCGGAUCAAUUGGGAGACGUCGUGACGGGUCUAGGAAAAUUGGGCUGUGGAAAAAAGGACUACGGCGCGUCAAAGACGCAAUAUCAAACCCAAAGGUUGCGCGAGGAGGCCUGUUUGUUGAAAGUUUCCCAAGCUUGUGUUGAUAAGUGUCCGUCGGCAUCUUCAGGGGAUGUGGUCAACGUCAUCUUCGGCUUUGCGAUCGUGGGACAUGCGUCUUCGGAAUUGAUCAAAGCCGUCGUCGCAGCCGCGACGCAGGAUGACGACUUCCUCGGCGUGCGCGAGACGGCCAAUGUGUUGUGGGCGCUGGAGGCGUUGGGCCAUGGUCCUUCUUCUGAGUGUGCUGGUUCGUUGUUCCGGAGGGCGCUACCGGUACUGUCGGAUGCCCCGUCGAAGCUCACGGAGCGCUACGCGGGACGAGCCUUGUGGGCCUACCGCGCGGCGAAGGUGCCGGCGUUAUUUGAUAAAGUGUGUGGGAAAUGUGAAUCGUCAAUAGCGCACUGGACGCCGUCGGCCGUGGCUCUGCUGAUCCGCGCCGUCGCCGACGCCGGUGUUGCCCAGGACAAAGUGGCCGACGUGUGCUCGAAACAUGUCACGGACCGCCGCGAGGCGUACGGCGCGUCGUCGCUCGUCGACGCGGCGUGGGGGCUCGCUUGUUAUGGUGGGAGGGAGGACGCCGUUACGGCUGCUUUAGAAUCGUUAGACUACGCUUGCGUAGGACGGCGCGACGCCGAGGGCGACGGGUUGGCGCGCGGGGGCCUGGCGACCUUAGGACGGACCUUUGCGGCGUGUUUACAACCACCGUUGAAUGGCGCGGACGCCUUCGCGCGUUGUGUCGCGCAGGAGUGUCAUACGUUGUCGCCCGACGACCUGGUUGUGGUCGCGGAAUCGUUCGCGGCGCUCCUAGCAAGAAAGGUAUCGAACGGUCCUACAGGCAUGGUGUUAGUCUCCGGUGACGGGAAACCUUGGAGUGGCGGCGGCGCGGACGUUUCAUUAGCUUUGACGAACGCCGCCGUCUCCCUUAAAGGCGACUGCGACGGCGCGACUCUAUUGCGGCUGCGCGGCGCCUUGGAGUCCGCGGGCUGCGCUUCGUUACUGCCGCAGGACUUCGUCUCUGGUGCGCCGACGGCGCCGGCGCUGGACGAAGCGCUCGCGCUGUUCAACGAAGCUCGAGCGUCGAAGCUCGCCGCGGUGCCUUCCGCGUCGCCCGCGGUGCCUUCCGACGAACCCGCCGCGAAGCGCGCGCGCGUCGACGACGAUCUCGACGCCGACGCGGUCAAGAAACUUACCGUGCCGAAAUUGCGCGCGGCGCUGACAUCGCGCGGCCUCGACGCGUCGGGCCUCAAGGCGGCGCUGCAGGCGAGGUUGUUGGGGGCUAUUGUUGGGUAAC